UGAGGGACAAUAGAAAACUGACGUCUGUUUGAAUACUCUAAAUAGUGAAAUUCAAUUAUGAAAUGUCAAAAAUAGCCUAAGCACAUUGAAAUAAUCCUCAAGUGUUUAUCUUCACUGAAACGUCUGGCGUAUUUUCAGUAUUCUAUUCAAGUACUGAAUCUUUACUUUUUGUCCAAAUAGAAGUUGUUCAAGCGCGCUUCAUUCUUCAGUAGUCUACACUUAAAAUCAAAAGACAUAUACAAACUAAAACCAAUCAUGGGUAAUAGCGAUUUUUUGGAGAUAUCAGCGAGUGAGCUAGUGCACAUCCUUGGGACCCCAGCGGAGUUGUUCACCUCUGGCGGCUGUGUGGUGUUGGACUGCAGACCUUUCCUCGCCUAUUCAAGGGCUCACAUUCACGAGUCUCGCAACGUUAACUGGAACUCAAUGCUCAGACGGAGAUCCAAAAGUGCGGCGGUGAGCCUAGAAUGGCUUGUGCCUGACAAGUCGUUGCUGGGUCGGCUGCGCAACGGAGAUUUCUCGCCAGUUGUGGUGUUGGAUGAAGGCAGUAGAUCGGUGUCCGAGUUGAAGAGUGAGAGUCUGGCGAGUUUGCUCCUCAGUGCGCUUCAGUCAGAGGUCCAAGAUUACAAUACGCAAAUCUGCUUUUUACAAGGGGGAUUUGACGGGUUCUUCGCCAUUUACCCGGAGCUGUGCUUUCAGUCCCCGGUCGUGCCCUUUAACCAUCCAGGAUUCGGCGACUCUGAAAAGGUUAUCUCAGGAAGACGAACGCCUUUGUACGACCAGGAUGGCCCUGUCGAGAUCCUUCCCUUCCUCUACCUGGGCAGUGCCCACCACUCAUCACAGCGAGAGACGCUGGCGUCGCGUGGCAUCACUGCGGUGCUCAAUGUGUCGUCCUCCUGUCCGAACCUCUUUGAGACUGAGCUCACUUACAAAACACUGAGAGUGGAGGACAGCCUCGCCGCAGACAUACGCAUCCUCUUCCCUGAGGCCAUCCAGUUCAUCGACUCAGUGAAGGAGAGUGGUGGGCGUGUGCUGGUCCACUGCCAGGCGGGUAUCUCUCGCUCGGCCACCAUCUGCCUGGCCUACCUCAUCAACGCGCGCCGUGUCAGCCUGGACGAGGCCUUCGACUUUGUCAAGCGCCGCCGCCAGGUGAUCUCACCCAACCUGGCCUUCAUGGGGCAGCUCUUGCAGUUCGAGACGGACGUGAACCAGACGGGAACACCCAUCCAGGCCCUCCGCCCGGAGCACUGAAGGCCGGGCUAUGAUUCCCUCCUACGAGACCACAAGCAACAGUGAACUGUAGGUCUAAAACAGCAUCAGGGAUGGAGGGCUGGGGUGGUUGGCCACCGAGACCUGACGUCGCUGUAAGACACUCGAAAGCAUUCAACUUGAACUCAGUAUAAGCCAUAUUGUAAAGCGGAAGACCACAACAUGGCGCUGCAAGGGGAGAAUUUGCGUCACCUCUGCUGUUUGAACACUGUGAGGGGGCCCCUGGUUGCCCACAUCUUAAACGUUCAGGUUCCUCGAGAUAAAAGACUGCACAUUUUUUUUUAUAUAUUCUGAGUUCUCACACAGUCGUGGGUGGUGCUACUGGCCUCGUCUAUCAGGGUAGGAAACGUGGGGUGCCAAACGCUCGCCCACGUUGAUCUCACAACUUAGACGAGACCGUCAGAAGGCAGCCAUGACACAUAAAAUGAUGCCGGCUGCAAAACCCAUCUGGGUUCUUCUAGCCGCCCUUCGCCACACUUGAAUCAUUGUCAUGGCAGACAGACGUACAGAGAGCAAUCCUAGGUGAGAUCUGACGAGCGGAAUGUCUCCUGCAAUUAAUACUGUGACCAUACACAUCAUUGGAGUGUUGCUACGUGUAGCUUUGUCUGCAGAUAGGUCAUAAACAAACUAACAAACAAUCAUUGUGACCACCGCAGGGUUAUAGUGUGUCUCUAUGCAGUUGAUCGUGGAGAAGCUGUAUGCUUGUAUCCUCUCUAUACCACUGUGAGAUGCAGACUCCAGCCUUAGGGAACAGGUUCAUGUAUUGAGACCAGACCAACUGUGACUCCACAGACUAAAGACUUAAAGAUUUCACACAUAAACAAGCAAUAUAUUCACUUCAAACUUAAGCAUCAGUCUGACAGGUCAUACAGUCAAUCCAGUGAAUUGAAUUUUGUUCUCACACAGAAAGAAGUCAUCUCAGUGGUACUUGUUUGUAUUUUUUUUGUAUUUCAGUAUUUCUAUUUAUUUAUCUGUCGAUUUUUUCAUGUGUAACUGCUCUGACAGUGGUUAUUUUAUGCCAGGACUGCACUUUAAAUGUACAUAAUUUCAGAAUAAUUUAUUUUAUUUACUUGCUGGUCCAUUUGUUUAUAAGCUAUAAUGUACAUACACUGUAAGUCUACAAAUUCCUACAAGUUCCUUUCAAUUAAGAGAAAUGAAAAAAAGAAAAAUGAUUACAAGAA